GCAGAGCCGGGCACAGCCCCGGGCGAGGGCACAGCCCCCUGCCUCCGGCACAUCCCGGGGCCACCGGUGGCGGUGCGGGAGCCCCGGCACACGGGCGAUGGGUCGUUUUGGGGGUCCCGUGUCCCCGGGGAUGUCCCCUGACUGUAUCCCCUGUGGGAUCCCACCCCCGAAGGAGCAGUGUCCCUGUCCCGUGAGGUGGGAGUAGGGUGUUCGCGGGGCACAGAGCAGCCGGGGGGAUUUUCCUGCUCCCCCUCCAAGGGCGAGAGUGCCCCUGCCCCCCCCCCCCCGCGGCUCUGUGGGGAAACUGAGGCACGAGUGAUGUUGACUCACGUGGAGACACCCGUCCCGAUCCCUGUCCCGUCCCACCUGGCCACCGCGGUCGGGGACCACCUCCCGGCAGGGAAGGGGUUAAGCUCCCCCCCCACCACCACCACCCCCGGGUUGGCUGAACCCCCUCGGGGGCUCCCCAAGGGCUCAUUACCGCGACCUCAGCCCCCCUGCCCGGGGGGGGGAUGAAUAAUUCAGCGCCUGGUAGGAGACGUGUCCUCCCUCCCUCUCCUUCCUCCUCCUCCUCCUCCUCCUCACCGGCUCUGCCUUCCCCACCUCCCGCCGCUCUCAGUCCUCGCCGUACCGAGCCCCGGGUGCUACCGAACUCCGCUCAGCACCGGCAGCAGAGACACCCCCCCCACACACACACACGCACCCCCCCUUUCCCCGGUAGUGGCGGUGACGCGCGGUUGAGGCCAUGGACCCCAAGGACCGCAAGAAGAUCCAGUUCUCGGUGCCGGCACCCCCCAGUCAGCUGGACCCCCGCGCCGUUGAGAUGAUCCGCCGGCGGAGGCCCACGCCAGCCAUGCUCUUCCAGCUCUCCGAGCACUCCUCCCCAGAGGACGAGUCCCUGCCCUACCAGCGCACCUCAGGCGAGGGCUGCCUGCUUAAACCAAAGAGGACCAACCCGUGUGCCUACACACCGCCCUCGCUCAAAGCGGUGCAGCGCAUCGUGCAGUCCCACCUGGAGAGUGGCCUGGCCGGGGGUGACAGCUCUGACGGGGAGGCUGAUGACGGGGAGCACGAGCUGGCCCGUGCCUGCGACCCCGACAGUGCCCUCGAGCCUGCCCCGGGGAGCCAGGCCAGAGCCGAGCGGAGCUUCUUCCCCGCCGGCCCCAAGGCGCACAAGCGGAGAGGCGGGCAGAAGGUGUCCUUCGCCGGCGGCAUCGAGGAGCGCGACGAGGACCUGAAGUCGCUGACGGUGUCCGAGAUCCCCGAGGACCCCGAGGGACCGGAGGGUGACGAGGAGGAAGCGGGUCGGGAGCAGGAGGACGGCGGCACCGGGGAGCGGCGACACGUCGGUUUCGCGGAGGUGCCGUCGCGUCCCAUCGGCACCGAGCGCCACUCGCCCACCUUCCCGCUGGGCACCAGUUAGCCACCCCCGGCCCCCGGCCCCCGGCCCCCGGCCGCAGCAGCUUCGCCAGCGUGUGGUUCCCCGUGUCCCCCCCCCCCCGCCCGCUGCCUGCCCUGCCUGCGCUUCGUGUGCCGUGCCGUGCAACGCCGUGCCGAGACACCCGUCCCCUCCCCUCCCCAAACCCCCCGCCCCGCACGGCCACGGCCGCCCCCGGUGCCGCCGGGGGGGUCCCGUCCCCGAGGGGGUCCCGUCCCCGGGGAGCCCCGCGGGAGGGGCCGGCAGGAGCCGGGGCCGGGACCCCCGGGUGUUGGCGGAGUCUGGCCCCCCCCCCCCCC